AUGAGCCAUUCACUGCCCUCUGCCAUGUAUACUCUUCCAGGGGUGAUGCAUUAUUUGCAAACGGAGUUCACGAAGAAUGAAAGGGACAGGAUAGCAUGGGAGUUGGAACGGUGCGAAAUGAAAUCUCGCAUUGCCCUACUGGAGGGCGAGAACCGAACUCUUCGGUAUGAAUUAUCCACUCUGAAGAUGAAGCAUCCGACAGAAUUAAAUAAUCUGGACACAUCAAUUCAAGAGCCGCUUCUUCUGAAGUCAAAGCUAGCCGUUCAGGAAAACGUUAAGGAGAUCGUUUACCUUCUAAAGAGCCCCAAUGUAACUGAUCAGCUAAAUACACUGACAGACAAAACUGAUGAAAUGCAUAUGCUUGAGAGCUUGAACCUUGGUCGUGGCGUUAACUCGGGUAGUGGCGCCAUUCAAACAAGUAAUCGCGAGGGUGGUGUGAAUUAUCUUGAUCAAAGUUUCAACGGUGCUGAUACUCUUGCCGAGAGCACCGAAAGGCCUCCAGAACAAUCACACAAUAAUCCCAGGGAUAGGACUAAUGUUGAAGAUUCCGAUACUGACACGAUCAUUCCUGAGGAAAUGCCACAUAACCGUUCAAAGUCAGAAGGGCGUCCCAGGGCUUCAUCUCUUUUCGCAAGCAAGAAUGGAGAUGCACCACCAAAAUUAUUCUUGCGUUGCAAACGUUUAAGAUAUCAUUUGGCCAGUGUGGAUAAAUUGGUAGUGUCCAAUUUCAACAUGCUAACUUAUGGUAGGGAUGGUCUUAUGAAGCAUUGGAUGAUCGAACCGAAUUUGAAUUGUAACGAUAAGCUCACCAAAAGCUUCCAUGGGUGUGCUCCAGAAUUAUUGGGCCUUUAUUGGCUUGACUCUCAAAAGUUUUUGACGGUGGAUAACUAUGGGCUCAAGGUCUGGUCCAUAAAUGAAAAUGAUCCACUUUUGAAAUUGGACGUUUUCCAAGCAUCAACUGAACUGAAGUUUGACGAUAUUCUCAACAUUGACUUCAAAAAUAAGUGGUUAGUAUUAACUAAGAUUGACAAAGUUCACAUAUGGGAAGUGCUCAGAACUAAAAAUAACCUCAAAAUAGGCUCGAAAUAUACUGUUCAAGCCACGUCGAAAAUUGCAGAUUCCAUCUUGGGAAUGACAGAGAAGUCCUUAAUAGUAUUUUAUGAAGAUUUUUGUGAGCUGGUCAUUUAUAACUUUCAAGGUGAAGUCUUACAAAAGGUAAGUUUGAAAGACACCAUAGAAAAAGGAAGGAAGGCACAGACUUUCAAUGAUGUUCACGUUGGCAAGCUAUAUCUCAAUAAACAGAGCUCAAAGCUUUUAAUCCAGCUAGACAACCUCAUUUCUAUUUACUCCUUUGAUAGAAAAAAAAUCAUAUUAGCAGAGGCUCUUCACAAUGUUCCUACUUCGGUUGUUUUCCGGUCACCAAGAGACUAUGUGGUCUUUGCCUACGAUGACGGCUUGGUAGAGGUGAGAAAGAUCGAGAUAUUCCACAAGAUUUUGAAGAAAUACAACCACUAUGAUGAGGAGGAUGAAUACGAAACAGAAGAUAGUUUGAAACAUUUACAACCCUUGGAUGAUUCUGAGGAGGAUAUAAUUGAUGACCUCAGACAAAAUUCUCAUAAAGGUGUUAUCAUUGACGUAACCGAAAUCGAUUCUGCUCCUGUCAUUGUCUCUGGCGGCGAAGAUGGUAUAAUAAGAUUAGAGAGAGUGGUUGAGGUCGAUAAGUAA